UUCCAGUCUCUCAGUGCCUUCUGUAGGGAAGAUCUGCUCAACAACAUGUCUUAUACCUAUUCCACGUCCAGGGUGUCAGGAGGGGGCGGCCUUGGCUAUAGGGGCGGUGCCGGCGGAGGUGGCGUGAAGCUGGGCCUGGCCGGGGGUGGACUGGGCCUAGGAUAUGGCUCAGCGGUGGGGCUGGGAGGUGGGAUAGGAGGGGGACUAGGUCUGGGCGCAGGAGCGGGAAUGGGAGGCCUUGGCCUGGGCAUGGGCGCGGGCGCAGGAGGAAUGGGUAUGGGCGGAGGGGUCGGGCUGGGCCUGGGCCUUUACGGCGGCGGCGGGGGCGGGGGCGGGGGCGGCGGGGCCUACUUCGCCAGUCCGGCCUUCGCCAUGGGCCGCAACGUCGUAGCCGGGGGCCUGGGCGCCAGCUCGGCGUUGGCCAUAGGGCCCGGCGCGGGGCCCGUCCUGGCCCCCAUCCUGUCCCGGGCGGCGGAGAAGCAGACCCUCGGCCUGCUGAACGACCGCUUCUCCGCCUACAUGACCAAGGUGCGGGCGCUGCAGCAGGAGAACGCCGCGCUGGAGGCCAAGCUGUCCCUGCUCACCGGCGGGACGGACAUGAUGUCGCCGGACUCCUCCACCACCACCGUCGAGUACGAGGCCCAGCUCGGCGAGUACCGCCUCACCCUGGAGACCCUCACCCUGGACACCAUCAAGCUGGAGAUCGAGCUGGACAACGUCCGUGGUGCUGCCCAUGAGCUCAAGGCCAAGUAUGAUUUCGAGCAGGGUGUCAGGUUCCAGCUGGAGAGUGACAUCACGGCCAUGAAGACGGAUAUUGAGGCCGCGGGCGACUUGCGCAUUGACAUGGAUACCAAGUACUCCAGCUUGAAGAACGAGCUGGAAUUUGUCAACAGGACACAGGAGGAGGAGCUCGCCACCUUGCAAGGCAAGCUGGGCACCACCAAUAUGGACACGUCCGUCACGUCAAUGAUUCAGCUGGACACCGACAAAUCCUUCAACAUCUCGAAUGCCCUGAACGCCAUCAGAGAGAAGUACGAGCAGUCCGUGCAUCAGCACAGGGAGGAGGCCGAUGCAUACUACAGAAUCAAGAUGGACGAGAUCCACUCAGUAACGGCCAAGAGCACUGAAGCCAUCAGCAGUACCAAGCUGGAGAUCGCAGCCGCGCGGAAGGAGCUCCAGACCCUGGGGCUGGAGCUUCAGGCUCUGCUGACGAUGAACAUGACCCUGGAGCACAGUAUGUCGGAGGCGCAAACGCUGUCGACGGUGGGCGCGUCGGAACUGCAGGCCAGCGCGGUCUGCCUGUCCUCGUCCAUCGAGGUGGCCAAAGUGGAGCUGCACAAGCAGAUCCUCGCCUACCAGGAGCUGCUGGACGUCAAACUGGCCCUGGACGUGGAGAUCGCCACCUACAGGAACCUUCUGGAGGGCAAUGAUUUCAAGAUACCAGACGUGUCCUACUCAAGCGGAACCUUCACAUUCACAGGAGGGUCUGGAGGUGCCCUAAUUGCAGGCGGAGGUGGAGGUGGCGGUGGCCUCAGCGGAAGUGACCUAACCCGGACAGAAACCAUCACAGUGCUCACAGAGACGUCUGCUGUCUCAGAGGGGUCCGAGUCCACCUGACCUGCCCUCCGCGUGGGCCACGGGAGACAGCGAGCCGCCGCGCCCCUACCCUCCGCGGGAGAGGCUCCUCCAACAAAGACCUUCACCCCUGCCACGCAUGGGUCCCUCAGUCUUUACCCCACUGCUUAAUAAAUCCUCCAGCCUGAA